GCGCGUCCGGCUCUUGAAACGACAAUUCACGACCGAUGCCGUCGUCCAAGCUGGCCGGGCUCGCGGUGCUCGUCGGCGCUGCGAUCGCCGUCGGCGUCCUCUGGCACUCGGCGUCCUCGUCCUCCUUCAACCACAGCGUCCACUGGCUGCGCGCGCACCCGGCGACCGGCGGCCUUCUCUACACGCUGCUCUACACGUGCUGCGUCGUGCUGUGCCUGCCCGCGACGCUCUUUGAGCUCGUCGCUGGCUACGUCUUUGGCUUCUGGGGCGGCUGGGCCAUCUCGAUCGUCGGCAAGACCGCCGGCUCGUGCCUCUCCUUCUACAUUGGCCGCUACUUUCUGCACGCCCGUGUUCUGCGCGUCCUCGAGUCCGGCGCGCCCAUGUUCCGGGCCCUCGGACUCUUGCUCUCGCGGCCCGACAUGAAAUGGAAAAUCGUGUGCUUGGCGCGCGUCGCGUGGAUGCCCAUCGCAAUCAAAAACUACGGUCUCAGCGUACUCCCGGUGCCAUUUCCCAUGUUUUUCUGGUCGACUCUGAUCCUGGGCACUCCGUUUGGUGGCAUUUCGUGCUACCUCGGCCACUCGGCCACCGAGGUCUCGUCGCUCCUCUCGGGAAAGCACGAGUCCAGCUGUUUCAAGUUUGUGCUGAUGGCAAUCGGCGCCACGAGCGGCCUCACCUUGCUCUGCCUCGUCGGCUACCAGACGCGCAAGUACAUUGAAGAGCUCGCGGCCGCCGAGCGCGACGGCGACCUCGAGCUCCGUGGCGGACAACAAUCGCACGAGUACGCUCCAAUCCGAUCGCACGACGAGGUCGAGAGAAGUAGUAACAGUACAGACUAACCAUCUACGUGCACCAUCGACGUAUCAACGCCAGGUUCCUCAACAAGAUC